GGCGGGUCGGACGGGCGGCGCGACUGGCAGCGACAGCGGUGGACACGGCUGGGCGGUGACUGGUGUGGAGCUAGGGUGGGGCGACAGGGAACUGAGGGAGACAGCGGCAGUGCAGCACUGCAGUCCGCCCGGAUCACCGGAAGACGCACUACCCCGACAAGAUCUCAUCCGAGACCUCUUCCUCUACCUCACAAUGGCGCCUCGCAGCUCUCUGACCGUCCUCACCCGCACUGCGGCAGUCCUCUGCUGUCUAUCCGUCGUCACCGCAAUCAACCACGUCACCCAGCAGGGCGGCAACCAGGACCCGAACCAGGGCGUGUACCGGCGCUGUGCCGACGGCAGGAGCGUGGCCGUGCCGUGUCUGCAGCCGACCACCGACUGCACGGACCGCUCCGUGCCCAGCCGCAUCCCCGGCUCGUGCGUGCGCUGGUAUAGCUGCUGCAAGGAGCCGCCGCGCGACGUCGACUACGUGCGGUCGCCGGAGGAGAAGGCAGCGCGCAGAGGCGAGAUGUACCAGAAGGCCGUCGGCUGGCUGGUCGCCGGCGCCAGGGCCAUCAAGACCAUGUGGAACUCGUUCCUGGACAAGGUGCGUGGCGAGAAGGCCUCUGGAGCGCAGCAUCCGCCGUAUGGCCAUCAUAUACCCCCGGGGGCAGAGCCCCACGCCUGGCGCGGGCCUGUCUACGACGAACAACAUCAGGGUUACGGAAACCACCGGAAUCCUGGUAGCCAGCAGCCGAACGGAGUGUACGGAUACGCGAACAGCAAGAGCUACCAGAGUUCCCCGAUUAAGAACUGGGUGACCGACUAUAAGUCGUCGACCAGUGGGUACGGGUCACCCACUAAGCCGUCGAGGGGAGGUUAUGGUCGGCCCAGCUGGCCCCCGAACAGCUUCACGUCAACGUCGAGCACUAAGUUCCCGAGCGGGUCUGGCUUCUCCUCCCGACUGCCGACGAAGCCGAGUCACUUCUCCACGCGUGUACCGACGGUAGCCGGCGACCUAACGCCUCCGAGCCAAUUCAUGCCAAGUUCUCCGACUACGCCGGACAAAAUGACCCCUAGCCGCUUCCCGACGCGCGUGCCGACUAUUCCUGGCGAUUUGGUGCCGCCGUCGACGGACUCGGCCUCUGAGCGCACCACGGCGACCACCCGACGGCCACUGACGGGAGCAGACGCUAUCGUGGCCGAGGCUGCGCGCCGCUGGCUGCCCUCCGAUUGCGGCCGACUCAGUCCGCUGAGCAGUUUCAGCGGGCUGGGCCGCCGCCGCCGACGCCGGGACAUCACCGGCGGCCACCCGGCCGACCGCUCGCGCUGGGCCUGGAUGGCCGUCAUCGGGAUGCGUCAGCCCGGCGAGAACUGGGCCGAGAACCGCGGCCAGGGUCCUGUCUGGAUCUGCGGCGGCGCGGUGGUCACCCCGCGGUUCGUGCUGACGGCGGCGCACUGUGUCGGGGGUAGGGCGCUCGACAAGCUGGUGGUGCGGCUGGGCGAGUACAACCUGUCGUCGACGACGGAUGGGCCGCACCAGGACCGGCUGGUCAGCGCCGUCACGCUGCACCCGCAGUUCGUCAGCCGACAGAACGACGUGGCGCUGCUGCGACUGGACGUGCCGGCCGAGUUCGGUCUGCUCGUGCGGCCCGUCUGCCUGCCGGUGCCGGGCGCGCCGGUGCCGCCGCCCGGCCUGCGCCGAGUCGCCGGCUGGGGCCGACUCUCCUUCGAGGGCGCCGGCGCCGCCGUCCUGCAGGAGGCCAAGCUGACACUGGUGCCGGCCGACGCCUGCGAGUCCAUCUACCGACGUCUCUCCAGCUUUGGCGAGUCGUUCCCGGGCGGCGGCUUUCUGGGCACCAAGCUGUGCGCCGUAGACCCGAGCACACGCGGCGCAGACGCCUGUCUGGGCGACUCGGGCGGCCCGCUGACCGGCCUGCGGCCCGACGGACGGUUCGCGCUCGUCGGUAUAGUCUCGCUGGGCGUCGGCUGCGGCGACCCCGACUUCCCGGGCGUGUACACACGGGUGGAGAGCUAUGUGCCCUGGAUAGUGGCAGUGAUAGCGACUGCAGAGGCUGAGGCUGCCGCCGCGGCCAAGACCGUCUAGCUUAGGGUUGCCAUACAUGUAAAAACGCAACCUUGCAUGGUGUGCGUGGUACUCGUAUACUACAUACCUGGCACAGUUCUAGGUUGAAGUAAGGAAAACAGUUUGAUGUGAUGCAGGGGCAUUUACGUUGUCAGUCCACUGCAUAAGUGGCCUGACAAAUAACAAAAUAGUUAAACACGCUUAUGUUAUUACUGGUUAACGCGGGCGUCACUUGGUAGGUAUGCUGAGUUGUAAGCAAUCUAAUCGUGUCUAGCAAUGCCCGUGGGCAAGCGGAUACAUAAAGCAUUAUGCCAUUAUGGAUUGAAUGUUAUCUGACCAGGUAUGAUGAUGAACCUUGCCCUUGACGAAUACAUGGGUGCAUUUCAUUACCAGUUCGACUGCUAAUGCCAAGUUACCCAAGGCCA